AUGAUAAAUACUCUUUUGAAUAUUAAAGAUAUAACCAACACUAAUGAACGAGCCCAAAGAAUAAAUCAAGAACUAGAUGACAUUUUAGACAAAGGACAUUCCGAAAAAAUUGAAAUUGCACCAUAUAUUCAUGAUCAUGAAUAUAGUUUGACUGAUACAUCGAGUUUAGUUUUAUCUUACUUAGCUGGAUAUGUUGCUCGAAAAUCAACCAGAUUCACAAAAUGUCAAAGGUGUCUUUUAAGUUUAAAAAAUCAAGUUAUUUCAUCUAGAGACAAACUCAUUGAUAUGCGCUCCAAAGGUUUUUUGAUCCGGCCAUCAGAUAGUAUUUUUGCUCUUAUUUCAACUUUAGAAAAAAUAACGUUACAGACUUUAGUAUCUGAAGAAUUAAAUGUAAAUACAAUUUUUUCUAUAACUUCAAACUUAUGGACGGACACAGCAUCUUUCCCAUUUGUUGGUUGCAGUGCCGGCCCGAUGGUUUUCGGGGCCCGGUGCAGAAUUUCGCGGGGCCCCAUAUGGCCAAUGGCUGAAUAUGUUAAUUUAUUAAUUAUUAUACAAUAUACACAUUUAUUUUAUUUUUUAGGGACUUUUUUAAAUUGCCUGUGA